GUCACGUUUGCGACUAUCACAUUGGCCUGUGCAACCAAGUGAUGUGGCGCAACAAGGACCCUUGCUUCAGCCUCCCUCUCUCUUCUCUUCACUCUUCUUGCUUUCUCCUCAUUCUAGUCUCCAUUUCAUUCUCUUUUUUUUUGUAUACCAUUUUCCAAUUUGUGCUCUCUUUGUAACUUUCAUUUCCUCAUUAUUUACUAAUAUUUGUUUUGUUCAUUCAUUACACUCAACCUUCCUCGAAAAAUUAAUGUCGACGGUUGCAGAGAGACUCGAGGAGGCCCAUGAAUACCUCUUGAAACUCUACACUAGCAUCCCUAUUCUGACCCCUUCUCUUGAGAAAAUCAAGACUAAUCAAGCCGAAUUUGUGCAUCUCAAUAACAGGCUUCGACAGUUACAGGAAAGCAUUUCCCUUAGACAAUCCAAGGUAGAAAAAAUAAGAAAGCAGCUCGACUCUGUCUUUACCAUCAACAAAGCCGAGUUUGAAAAGUCAUAUCGCCACGAGAUUAAUGAGCUCAAGGCUGUUGAGAACGAGCGACGUGCAUGUCUGCGUCAACGAGAUAGUGUCGUAACAGUGAAAUAUCAGUUGGAGAAGGAGCGUGCCACUUUGCUAGAAGAAACUCGCCAGCUCAAAAAAUUAACGGAAUCGGUCUUUGAUCGGUCCAAAGACCAAGUUGCAAACGCGGAUUUCCCAGAGGAACUUUAUUGGCAGUUGGAACUAAGAGAAUAUGAUGUGAAGAUAACAGACACAAGUCGUCAGCUCACCAAAUAUAACACAGCUCUGUCGAAUCUUGCUAGAGCAGCCAAUCUAUCAGAAGCUGCUUUGGUCGCGUUCUUGGGAUAUCCGGAUGCUGCUUAUAAGAUCUGGAGGGUAGAAUAUGCCCUCAAAGCUAGUCAGAAGAUGAGGCUUUGUAAGUAUAAUUAUAUUUUUUAGUCCUCUCUUCUUGAGCAAGUUUGGCAUCCAUAAUCGUGAGUACAUUAAGAGUCCUUUCUCCUCUUCUUUUUCAUCGAUAUAC